GCGUCGCGGCGCUCAGUGCCGUUUCGUUCGUGUGUUGGAGCGUUUCUUUUUCGCUUCUUCAAUCGGUACCACGUUUUUGUUUCAUAAAAAGAAAAAAAAAAUUAGUAAAUAACAAAAUAUAAUAUGUUGCCUUCAAUUGUUGAAGAUUUUAAAAGUUUGCUACACAUAUAAGUAAAUAUACUGACACGCACGCGUUACAGGUCAGGUUAGGCAAACAUUCAACCGGCAUCCCAGUGGAAAAACGUGCUCUCGACACUUACUUGCAAUCUAGCGUUAUGGCAACCGAAUCAAAUAGGGGAAACUUUUGAUGUGCCCCGAUCACAAUCGCAGAGGAUAUUCACGACGAGGAUUUUUCGAGUUUAUUGCAAAGGUUUCAGAGUGUGAUCAAUUCUAAUCCAUAAACGAGACAUGGAAUCUGUGAUUCACGAGCCAAUUGUUUUUAUUGGAAUUAAACAUAUUACAAGGCCACGAUAAAGUGCAAGAACCUGUAAAAAAAUAAGAAGAAAAAAAAUGUAAGUGUUCCUAUAUACAAUAUAUAUGUCUGCGGGUGUCCAAUGAAAGUGAAGAAAGUAGGUGGUCCAAGACGGAUGUGGAAAAGCUAUGUUCAGAGAUGAAAAAAAUUCAAUUAAUAUAUAGUGAAAGAGACGGCUUUUGAAAUAAUAAAUAUAUAUAUACAGUAUUGCAUUUUUCUCAAAGACUUGGUUGUGUAAAAUACAUAUAUACACACUUCUUUAUUCUAGAAAUUACAUUAUAAAAUAAUGUCAUAAUUUUCGUUGAGUGGGUUUACUUAUACUAUAUAUAUAUAUAUAUAAGUAGUGAGUGUCAAGAUAAUGUCAGACUACGAGAGAAUCCGACUCGUUGUACUUGGAGGUGCAGGAGUUGGAAAAAGCGCAAUUAUCCGUCGAUUACUUGGCCAAGGAUUCACGGAAAGAUAUCGAGCGACUGUUGAAGAUCUUUAUUCUAGAGAAUGUAUUCUUGGAACUUUAACGCUAAAAGUAGAUCUGCUCGAUACAGCAGGAGACUUACAAUUUCCGGCCAUGAGAAGGCUGAGCAUAGCGACAGCUCAUGCCUUCCUUUUGGUUUAUGCCACCACUUCACUACCAAGUUUCGAAUGCGUCAAACGAUGUUUUGAGGAAGUCCGAGAACAAAGGCCGGAUUUUCAGGAAGUACCUAUAGUUGUAGCGGGAAAUAAAUUGGAUCUCGCAACAGCACGAAGGGAAGUUGCUAUUGAGGAUGUGAGUGAAUGGCUUUUCUGCGAACUUCCCAAACUCAGGGCCAAAGUCAUAGAGUGUUCUGCUAAAGACGACUAUAACAUUAAAGACAUCUUUAGAUGUUUCGUAACUCUCUCUAGAAUAGUUCCAAAAAAUCCAACUGGUGAAACUGACGAGUCUGGACUUAGAAGAAGAUGUUCAGCAUAUGGUUCGCGAAGGUCAGGUAGUCCUAGUAAAACCGGAAGCACUACUUCAGGAAGUCCUCAACAAGUUCUGGCAGCACAAGGUUCAAGCGUUGUAACUGUCGUUGAAGAGGUUAAAAGUAAACCUCGAAGUAGAAGUCUCAUCAGACGAGCUUCCAGAAAAACGAAGCAACAAAUAAGAGACGCUCAUUCGGAUGAUUGCAAUAUUUCCUAAAAAGAAAAAAAAAAUUAUCAUAAUAUAAAAAGUGAUACGAAUUUUAAAUCAAAAAAAAUCUCCAUUACAAUUUUCAGUUGUGAUUCCCAGAAGAAAAAUAAUUGAAGGAGGAUAUCAGGAAACAAUUUUUAGAAGUAUAAAAAAAGUUAAUUGUUUAAAUGUCAUUAUAUUGAGAGACGAUAAAAAGUAUUAUAUUGCCAUGUAUUGAAUUAACAAAAAAAAAAAGAAAAAAGAAAGAAAAAAGGAAUUUGCGCAAAUUUAAACCUAGGAGUGCAUCAUUAAAUUGUGAAAUUUGAUUUCAAGAAAGAACUGAAUCUUCAAAAGUCAAAGUCAAAAGAAAUAUAAAGGAACAAGACGAAGACUGAUCUGAAAUAUGUAUAUGGGUAUGCACCAAGAAAUCAAAAGGAAAACAGACAAAAAUAAGAGCGAAGGUAAGAUUUCUAACAUCAAACGAGGCUUCAUAUCUUACUUUUACUCUUUUCUAGUCACAUUGAUCGUUACUAUUAUAUAAUAUUAUAUUAUAAAAAUGGAAAAAAUGAAUUUACAUACUACAUCAAUUAAUAAUACGUAUUUAACGUAUGUUAUUGUUAAAAAUAUAAAAACCCAGAUUUUAAAGAAAGUGUAUUUGACCAAUUAAAAUGUUUAAAAUAUUCAUAAUAUAAAAAUAAACAUUUUUUUUCAAUAAUUUAAUCGAUAGUCAACAAGAAAGUAGAUGUCAUAUAUUUUAUUUAGAAUAAAAAAAUCAUGGUAAUAAUAAUAAUAAUGUAUUAGAUGAAUUUUAUUUUCAUCCACUUUUUUACGCGCAAUUAAAUCUUUUUUACCCAUUAAUGAAAAAAGUAAUUUACAAAUUUUAUUAAUGCCAUAGCAAUAUGGGAUAAAAUCCCUUUCUCAUGUGAUGUAUCAAAAUCAUUUCUGCCAUUCAUUAAGAUUUUGUAAUUACACAACAACAAAAAAAAUAUCCGCCCAACCAAUGUUAAAAAGAAUAAAAUAAUUGAUAGAGUUUCUUAAAAAAAAAAAAAAAAAAUAUUAAAAAAAAAAUGUCUGUGAGUAUGAAUGUGUGUGCAAUAUAUAAUUCUUAUAUCAGAAGUAUUAUAGUUAUUUUAAAAUGUCAAUGAUGCAGUGACAAAAAUUGCCUUUAAUUAGGAAUCUUGUAUACUAAAAAAAAAAAAAGAAAUAAUUUUCAUAUAGAAAUGAAUUUUUCCUGAAUGCAGAAAGAAUCCAAAUUAAUUAAGUAUUCUCGCGAAUAAAAUGAAACUUUUUAAUUACUCGUUUAAAGAAAGACAGUAUGAAAAGAUUCAGGAACAACUUUUCUUAUAUAGUUCUAUAAAAGUGUGACAUUAUACCAGGUAAAUAAAAAAAA